AUGAGUAGUUCACCGGACAGCAACAAUGACAAUGGAGCAGGACUGUUAGAAAGCGCUGAUAUCGCCAAGGUACUUUCUUCAAAAGGGCCUAUAGUGAAGUGUGUAAUGCUUCGAGCGACUCCACAGACUGGUACAACAGACGGGGAUAAGAAACCCAGUGCGAAGCCAAGCACCGCCGAGGAAGGACGUGUAAUACCUGAUUUGAUAGAUGAAAUUGAAAUAGACACAACGCCAUCAAAAAGCAUGGUGAGCAAAACGUUAGGCGGCUCAUUUACUUUUCUGGGUCAAUAUGAAGACGAAGGCGUUGUUUUGAUGAUCCGGAAUAUUCCUGAGGAUGCUGUCCCAUUUAAAAAGGAAGACCUGGGUUCAGAGAAGUUAUCAAACCUUAGAAGUCUUUGUGAAGAACGGGACAUUAACAUGGAGGGUAUGCUGGAAAAAUCGGAUCUUGUGAAUGCUUUGAUCAAGGAUUCAGAGCUUCCACCCGUCAAUCCUCAUUCGCUACAACCUCCGCUGAACAAAAAAGUUGUGAGAGGUGACAUUUUGAUCUUGAAAGUGGCGGAGACAGAGGAAGAAUUGGACGACGAAGACGAAGCAUCUGAAGCACCGGAAGUCAACGUUCCAUCGAACGACGAAUUCUUUCUUGACUACACAAAAAGUCAGUAUAUUGCGUUUGCCUCGCGGACCGAUAUUGAAGAGGAAUCAUCAGAGGAGUCGGAUCGUGAAGCGGAAGAAGGGGAAGAAGGAGAGGCAUAUCAGCUUGACCCGAACGAAACGAUUGACGAAGAGGACAAGUCUGCAAUGUUCAAUUUGGUAAUGAAUGAAGUGUUACGGCAUUAUCGAGAAGAGAAUGGAAGGGGUCCAAAUACGCAUGAACUAUUAGAGCUACGGGCAAGUAUUGCAAAAGAACUUGAUGUUGAGGUGCCAAAUAUCGAAAUUGUAGAUUGGAAUGAAAGGAUUAAUAAGAAGUCGAAGAAUCCAGGAAGACGGAUAACGUUCGGAGAAAAAGAUAGAGUCCGCGAAUAUCAUCCGGAUCCAAACGAACAUUUCCGACCUGAAGAAAUUGCACAGCACGACAUGGAAUGUCAGGCAGGUGACGAUGAAGAUGAAGAUGAAACGGCCGAAGAAAACUACGAGCCUCCAAAGAAGAAGGCAAAGGCCUCAAAAGAAAGUCCAGAGCUGAACGGAGCGACGAAAGAUGCAAAAUGA